UUUGACGUCUUCGCACACAACACAUUCGAUCGUACCUACACACUGCGAAAGUUUACGUGCAAAUUCCGCAACGCGAAGGGUGAAUUUUACUGCCGUGGUUUUCGAUUCAUCGUGCAGCGGGGUGAAAUUCGAACGUGUCUCGUCCUGCUGCAUCUUCCGGUUCCGGUCCUGUUGCGGUGCUGUGCAACGGAACACCGUGUAGUGGACGCAACGGGUUGUGCCGUGUGUCGCGAAACAACACCACAGACAAACACAGUGCGCUCUCGAACACACGGCCACGGGUUGGCCAGCCGGAACCGAGUUCUCCUGUGUGCGUGUGUGCCAGGGUUGGUGCGCUCAUCGAUUUUUUUUUUCUUGCUCGGUUCGGUUGGUUCUCCCAUGUACCCGGGCGCUGGACGUUUGCAACUGAAAACGGCGUAAGGCACCGUGUUUGGGCAAGUCGUGCUAGAAUUUCGUGUCUUGCGGUGCAAGUGACGGUCAGUGAUGGUACUUGUGGCAAGUAUCGUAAGUGAAAAGCUACAAAAUAUUAUUGACUAAUAAUUUAUAGAAAUAACAAGACUGUCAUCUUAAACAUAACGAAAAGAACAAAAAAGAAACAGAAAAAAGUGUAAACAAACAAACAAGAGCAAGCUAAGGCGAUUUUCUACAAGCUUAGAGUGACAAAUGAAACUAGAGAAAAACAUUUGACAACUCAACAUUUAACAACCAGAUACCAGCUCAACUAAACAACAAAAGUAUAAAGUUUUAAAGGUGUCUAGGCUAGGGAAGUUUUGCCUCGAAAUCGAUUGCAAUACCCCCGACCACGAAGACUGCUUCCAAGAUGUCUAAGCAGGAUACGGCAACGUUCUUCUCGCAGGGCACAUCAGCACAGUUCGACUUCGUGCUGGCAUUGUAUCCAGAGGUGUUAAAGCUGAAAGCGGAAAACAAGUGCAAAAAACCGGACGAGUUAAUCCGACUGGACGACUGGUACCAGAACAAACUGCCCCAGCUGAUCAAAAAGCGUGGCAAGGAUCAGUUCAUCGUGCACGAGGAGCUGGUGAAAACCAUGAAAUGGAAACAAACUCGCGGCAAGUUCUACCCACAACUCUCCUAUCUGAUCAAAGUAAACACACCCCGAGCGGUGCAGGCGGAAACGAGAAAAGCUUUCCGUAAACUCCCGAACCUAGAGCAGGCUAUUACGGCGCUCUCGAAUCUGAAGGGCGUCGGCACAACGAUGGCGUCGGCAUUGCUUGCCGCUGCCGCACCCGAAACCGCCCCAUUCAUGGCGGACGAAUGUUUGAUGGCGAUACCCGAGAUCGAAGGCAUCGACUACACCACCCGCGAGUACAUGAACUUCGUGCAACACAUCCAGACCACGACCGAUCGAUUAAAUCGCGAAUGCCAUCCAGCAGACUGCGUGCCCGAACAGCCGACCGGUAGCGUCAAAGGGACCGGCAAUGGAACGGCGGCUAAAGAUGGCAACACAGACGACAGCAGUUCCGGCACAUCCGACGAGGACGACUCGUUAAGUGCAACACCUGCAAAAAAGAACAAACCCAACACGUCAAAGCCGGGACUGAAGGCACACGAGAAAAAAUGGUCGCCACACAAGGUGGAGCUCGCGCUGUGGACACAUUACGUUGCCAGUGAGUUACAGCCGGACUUGCUGGAGCACAUACCGGCAAACGGGAAGUCUUUCACCGAUACGGUAGAUCCCAACAGUCGUGCGUCACCCAGUAAUCCUGCCAAAUCGGAUGUAUCCAUGACAACAAACGGAAAUUCCACCAGCUUACCGAUGACGCAAAGCAACCAUGAGGAACCUUCCGAUGACAGUAACUGUGACACGGAGCACGAGAAAAGUGCACUCGGAUCGGACGAGUCCUCCAAGGAUAACAAGUUCGUGCUGGACAGUUUGGACGAUUGUACAAAGUCAGAGGACAGCAUGGAGCGGCAUAACGCCACUGGCCGAAAAUCACUUUCCGGCAAAACGCGAAGGAAGACCACGGUAAACAGUGGACGUUGCGCGAUGGCCAGCGAUGACUCGCUCAGCAGUCCUAAACCUUCGAUCGAGGGUAAAGAGAACAGUUCUGGGGAGGAAGAUAAUGAUGAAGAUGAAGAACACACGGUUCAACCUCCUAGCAAGAAGACGAAAGUUGACUAAAAGUCUUAAGGUGGUAACAAUUGCUGUAAGCAAUACUCUUUUUCUAUUCGCAAAACGAUACACUCGAGAUACCUGCAGCUUGUGAAGGUGAUGUGUACCGUUCCUUUGGCCUUUCUUCAUGGUUUAAUUAAUUUAUUCACUUUCUAAAAGUUGGGAUCGAAGAAUAAUGUCAUGUUUUCAGUUUAAAUAAAGUAAUGUUAGGUCUCUGCAGAAACCAAGCAAAAGCAUCAAUACUGUAGGUCUUUACUGCCAUAGACAUUCCACCACCUUUUACUUGAAUGAUUGUAGAUGUGUGUUGAAAAUCUAGCUGGUUUCUUCAACCGUACAUCUGAUUUAGUACAGGAAUUACUUGAAGGCGUUGAAAAAUUGCUAUAGAAUUUAUGUUAUGCUUAAGAAAUAUAACAUCGCAAAGCAUAUUUAAAAUGAAAAAAAUCAAUAUCGUGAAGUAUAUUUAAUAUUGCUUAAAUUUGAAUGUAUUGUCGAUUUUGUAUUUGCUUUUCAAGGAUUUCAGGACAAAGCUUCCGAUAAAAAGUCAUGAUGAGUUAUUUAUUUUAAAAAACUAUUCAAUAUCGCUUAUAAGUUUUAUGUAGUAGGUAUUCUGAAUGAAUAUACUUUUAUAUUGUAAUCCUUCAAAUGACGAUGCCAAUAUCAGUAAAAACUUACAUCUAGUUUCAUAGAAACUCCUAUCGUACCAAAUUCAGACUAUAUGGACAAAAUUCCAAAACACAAAGAACCGAUUGAGGUUAAAACUAUACCAUUCUGGCGAAAAAAGAGGUAACUUAUUUCCAAAUGCAAUUAUUAUGGUAGACAUCACAGCCGCAAGUACACACACACACAGACAUAUAAAACCAUUAGAAAAUAGAAAUCAAAAUAGUGUAAGCUGUUAGACAGAAUCAACACAAAAAUUGACAAAAAUGUAGAAAGUCCCUCUGAGAGCAAAAUUUAAACCCAAACCGUACAUAAGACAUGCUUUGAUAAAUCAGACGAACGCCGAGAAGUAUACAUAAAGCCUUUGACAAAAACCCGCCAAACAAAAGCCCUUACAGAAGAAAAAGUCAAGAAAAUACAAAUCAACGGCACGAAAAGGUAAACCAUGAUGAAGAACAAUUAAUUCUUGGCAAAAAGAUUGUAUUAAAACACAUCCAUACAGUAAAGGGCACAGUCACAUCAAGGAAACGUAUUAAUAAAACUGAUAUCAUACUUGAGAACUUAUAGAUGAGAUCGUAUUCUAUCUAAACGUA